UUCCUGGCUGGACGAGAAUCUCCCCGGCGUGAGCCCAAAGGGGGAAGGGGAAGUGGGAGCUUCAGUGGGGACUUGAGAAAGGUGACGCCGCUUGCAGAUAUGGAGGCCGAAGCCACCAUCUCUUGAGAACCGGAGGACUGUCGGAAAGAGAAGACCGUUGUCAUUGGAGAGAAGGGAAAGUGCCGGAGUCAUGGGAGCUGGAGAGGAAGAACUCGUCGUCUCUCUUUCUGGAGGGGCUCCGUGGGGCUUCCGGCUGCAGGGGGGCUUGGAACAGAAAAGACCCCUUCAAGUGUCGAAGAUCCGCAAGAGAAGCAAAGCCUGCCGAGGAGGCUUGUGGGAAAACGAUGAGCUGGUGUCCAUCAAUGGAAAGCCGUGUGCCAGCCUCUCCCACGCGAGCGCCAUGCAGAUCAUCGACUCUUCCAACGGCAUCCUCAGCAUUGUGGUCAAAAGGGCAACUAGUGGAAACUCCUCUAGUACAAGACUGCUGUGCUCUCCUUCCAUCAAGCAGGCACGAGCGGUCUCACCGGCUUCCCCCCGCAGCCAGGCAACCCAGGCACUCAGCCCUGAACCAGCGGCUCCCCACGUCGCCCCACAACCUGAGCAGCAGCCCCUCCGGCAACAGCAUUUGGAGACUCUCACCUCACCCCCAGAUAGCGAAGCCUACUAUGCAGAGACAGACAGUGAUGCCGCUGACAACGUGGCCCAAGACAAGCACCGGAAGGCUCGCAAGAAAAGUCCCCGUUCCCCUCCGGGAGGCCCCAACAACAAGUGGGGCGAGCCGCAGGACAAAGCGUCUCUCUCAGAGCUGAGUGGCCAUGAGAGUGCUGCGGAGGCCACGGCCCCAACUCGGGAAGGAGGAGAUGGCCUGACGGGAGUGGCCAAGAGAGAAAUCGUGUGCCGGCCAGAGAGCCGCACAGACACCCCUUUCUCUGAGAGCGAGGCCUUGCUGGAGCUCCCCCUGCCUGAAGACAGGGAGCCUUCCCCGGAGGCCCUGCUGCUGCCUCACGCCACCAAGAUGAUCCGUGCCGAGAGACACCUCAUCCCCAUGGUGGGACCUGUGGAGCACCCCGUGGAUGAGGACCUGACCACCACCUAUGCUGAAAAAGCCAAGCAAGCCAAGCUCCACCACAGCGAGAGCAUGCAGGAGAAAAACGUGAAGGAAGCCAAAACGAAGUGUCGAACCAUCGCUUCCCUACUGACGGACGCCCCCAACCCCCAUUCCAAGGGCGUCCUGAUGUUCAAAAAGCGCAGGCAGAGGGCCAAGAAGUACACCCUGGUCAGUUUCGGGAGCGUCGACGAAGACCGUUGCUACGAUGAAGAGGAGGGGGUCUUCCCCACCAGCGAGUCCGAGUUUGACGAGGAAGGCUUUUCUGAGGCUCGGAGCUUAACCAAUCACUCCGACUGGGAUAAUACCUACCUCGAUAUCGAGAAGCCCAAGGAACAGCCAGGGCAGAACCAGCCUCAGCUGGGCCUCAGCGAAGCCUCCGGCAGGGGGGCACAGUUGUUUGAGCAGCAGCGGCAGAAGGCCGGCAGACACACGGUGGAGAAAGUCCCUGCCCAGAAGGCCGAGGAACAACACCCGCCUCCAGCUCUCCCACUGUCACCCAGCGUGGGAAACAGUGAAAUGUCUACUCCACAGAAGGCAGCGAAGGUCCCAUCGAGUGUCCAUUUGGAAGCUGGCCAAGUCGCCAGCCAGUUGCCCUCACCCAACACUGCUCCACUCCAGUCCCCCAGAACCACGCCCCGUGGAGCAGGUGGACGUUCCCAGAUCUCUCCUAGCCCCACAGGAAUCUUCAACAGGUCUGCCCGGCCUUUCACUCCCGGUUUCUCUGAGCAGCGGCCUGUGACUUCCUCCGUUGUGUUCAGACCCUCCAUGCUGAGGAAAACCAGUGAGGUCCGAGGGGGACAGAGGACUGCUCCACCCCCUUUCUCACCCGUCCCUCCAGGGACCCCCGUGCCUCCUCCCAUACCCGCAGCAGUGCAGCCAGCCAACCCCGCGAGUGCUUCGGUCUCUCUGUAUGUCCCAACCGCCCCAAGCACUCUGCAGCCAGCAGCAACCCAUUUCCGAAGUGGAAGUUCAGCGGAGGACAGACUGUCUUCCAACGCAGCGAGAACCUUCACUGCUUCCAUAUACCUGUCCAAUCCCUCCAGACCAGCUGAAGAUGCAGCUGCUCCUAAGCCCUCACCACAAACACAGGAGACGACAUCCUCUUCUUUGUACAUCAACCCGCUCCCGCUACAGCCCAGCCAGCCACCAGCAGCCCCAGCCGCUCCACGGUCUGCUUCCGAGCCUGUAAUCUCCAGGGAGCAGAGGAUAGCCGUGCCGGGCCCCCGAACGGGUAUCUUGCAGGAAGCCCGUCGGCGGAGCAGUAAGAAGCCCAUGUUCAAGGCUGUGGAGGAGAAGAAAGAGAAUUCUCCUAACCCAGAGCUGCUUUCUUUAGUGCAGAACCUGGAUGAAAAGCCCAAAAGUGACCAACACGGGGCAGGCUUUGAGUCGGGGCCGGAGGAAGACUUCCUGAGUCUCGGGGCAGAAGCCUGCAACUUCAUGCAGCCUUCUGCCCGAAGGUUCAAGACCCCGCCCCCGGUCGCCCCUAAGCCGCAGCAACCAAACUCCACGGGCAGACUGGUGAACGGGUCGUCUCUUGCACGGGAUAUCUCCCACCUGAAAGGAAAAGGGGCGGAGCUUUUUGCCAAGCGACAGAGCCGCAUGGAUAGGUUUGUGGUGGAAGCAGCACCAGCGCCAUCCCCAAAGCCCCGGAGCCCAUCCCCUACGCCUUCCCUACCUUCCGCUUGGAAGUACUCCCCGAACAUCCGUGCCCCACCUCCUAUUGCUUACAACCCUCUGCAUUCCCCAUUUUAUCCCUUGGCAGCCAGCAAGUCUCAGGCCAACAAAGCAGAAAGCAGAGUGAAAAAGGCCCCGAGCCAGAAAUCGGGGAUCCAGGCCAUUGAUUUUCUGCGGCACCAGCCAUACCAGCUCAAGUCUGCCAUGUUCUGCUUCGGGGAGACUCCGGCUUCUGCUGCCCAGGCCUCCACCGUCCAGCCGGCCCAGCAGUCCGGUUUAUCUUUCAGUGCAGCUAAACAAGCCCCUGUGAAAACCGCCCGGACCUACGAGAUUCGUCGCUUCUCCACACCCGCUCCUGUGCCCACUUCAGGCAGCCUGGCCCCGACAGUGUUGCCCCCCCGCUCUGCUACCACACUGGAUGAGCCAAUCUGGAGGGUGGAAACGGCCCCCACUUCUGCACCCGUCUCUCCUGGCCCCUUCCAGGUGGCUCCCAUCCACUACCGAAGCACUCCUGAACUCAGCCAGGCAUGCAGGGGGGCCUCCCCAACCGUGCCCUCGUUGUCUGCCGGUUUCCAGGUAGCUCGACCCAGGUUCUCAGCUGCCCAGACUGGGAUGCAGGCACACGUUUGGAGACCAGGCUCCGGCUAUAAGUGAAAGAAGAUUGGCUCUCCCCCCAAUCACAUUCACACAUUAUGUAGUUUUAGGUACAAACCCAACGUUUCUUUCUAAGUGUAUGUCCAAAAACGUAAACCUACCAAACAGGUGCUUCAAGUAAUGCUCCAUCCUAGAGAUGCAUGCACACCAGUGAGCCACCGUGGCUCACUGUUGAACGUACAUUUGGUGGCCAGCUCAGGUUUGCGCCUGUGUAAUGUGUGAACUGGCCUGAUUCAAAUUCUUCCGAACUAAACCUUUGGGAUUCGCCCACCCACCCCCCAUGCCUUUCUAAGCUGAAUUUCUGAAAAUCAGGACACGCAACCCAGGGGCAGAGCAAGGGGGAACGGCGGCCGGGGCACGUGUGCGUCCCUGCCAUGCCCUUGCCACACACCGGAAUGCCCACACCCACGCCAUGCCCACACACCAGCGUGCGCCCGGGGCAUACCUCCCCCUACCCCAUUGGUGCUACACCACUGAUACAACUCAAAUAGGGAGGAAAGCAACUUCCUGUCCUACAUCUUUCAUUAUCUGGUCCUUCUGUUUUUUCGACUUGCAGCAUUUCCAAGAUAUUUACUAGUUUAACCAUAGAGUAGGGGGAAAGUACUGAAAAUAGCAUCACAGGGCUGAAGAUUCAGAACCGCCCAGAGAACCAUCCUUUCAUGCUCUAAAUUCCUGUGUCAGGCAAGCCCAUCCGACAGCCAACAACCCUCCCAAGAGCAAUAGCAGACGGGUGGUUAAAACCUUCAGACCCCAAAGUGGCCUGCAGCAUCCAGGGUCUGCCAGAAGUCUACUGUGUGUCCUUGGCGCAGUGAUGCAGGGCAAGAGUCCCCAAAGGGUAGCUGGCCCACCAUGACUAAAAUAUGUAGCUAAGGGCUUUUUUGCACACACGGUUUGUUCUUGAAUUAAGGCAAUCCGCAUCGACAUCCUGACCUUUUUGUUGCUGUUUCGUCGCUCGAGAUCACACAUCACCAGGUUGUUGUGGAUGUUCUUGUUGCUUCAGAAACCCCUUGGUUUUGCAUUGCCCUGGAAUGCAGUACAAACGAGAGUUCUGAUUGGCUGUUGUGCUGUCCAAGGGCAGGUUCCAUGUGAUAUUUGACCCCUGUCAUCACGAGCUAACGAGUCAGCGUGAUUUCACUAUCUCAGUGUACCACUGCGUUGAGAACUCGCUAUCUCGAGAUAUCGGUGCGGCGUUGGAAACAAUGCACUGCAUGAGUGACCGCGAGGAGGGGCGGGAGGAGACGGAAACGAAACAGUGGAAUAUGCGCGUGCAACUGGCAAACUCUACCGCAUCCUGAUUGGUUGGAGGAAAUCGCAUCACACAGUGGGCGUGAUCCCUUGCAGUCGCUUGUUCCAGUUGCAUUUUGCACCUAGGCACCAGAUUGUGUGGGGGAAUCCGU